AUGACAGGUCAGAGACUGGCUGAAGUCCACAAGAAGAUGAUGAUGGAGGAAGAGGAGGACAGAGCUGAGUCUGCAGGAUCCAGCUGUCCGUCUGUGAGGAGUGACCGGUCCAAAGGUCAAAAUCCAGACUUCAGUAAUGAACCUGGACCAACGAGGAUCCAGUCUCUACCAGCUGUGGACACUGGUUCUGCAGACAGUGCAUCUGCUCAUACUGGGACCAGUCUGCUUCAUCAGGAGACUCGUCCUGUCCCCAGUGUGGAGAAAGAUCCAGAACCAGAGCUGGACUGCAGACAGCCACUUUUGUUCAUCUUUGACGGCCUGGAUGAAAGCAGACUUUCAUUGGAUUUCACCAACAGGAAGCUGCUGUCUGAUGUCACACAGAAGUCAUCAGUCAGCCAGCUGCUGACAAACCUCAUCCAGGGGAAUCUGCUUCCCUCGGCUCUCGUCUGGAUAACUUCCCGACCCGCAGCAGCCAAUCAGAUCCCUCCUACAUGUGUCGACAGGCUAACAGAAGCACGAGGCUUCACUGACGCCCAGAAGGAGGAGUACUUCAGGAGGAGAUUCAGCGAUGAAGAGCUGUCCAGCAGAAUCAUCUCCCACAUGAAGACAUCCAGGAGCCUCCACAUCAUGUGUAGUAUCCCAGUCUUCUGCUGGAUCACUGCUACAGUUCUGGAGCACAUGUUGACUACAGAGCAGAGAGGAGAGCUGCCCAAGACCCUGACUGACAUGUACUCACACUUCCUGCUGGUUCAGACAAAGAGGAAGAAGAACAAGUACCAUGAGGGACAUGAGACGAGUCCACAGGAGCUGACGGAGGCUGACAGGGAAGUUCUUCUGAAGCUGGGGAGGCUGGCGUUUGAACAUCUGGAGAAAGGAAACAUCAUGUUCUACCAAGAAGACCUGGAGCAGUGUGGUCUGGAUGUGACAGAGGCCUCGGUGUACUCAGGAGUUUGUACAGAGAUCUUCAAAAGAGAGUGUGUGAUCUUCCAGAAUCCAGUCUACUGCUUUGUUCAUCUGAGCAUUCAGGAGUUUCUGGCUGCAGUCUACAGGUUCCACUGUUUCACCAACAGGAGGAAAAAGGUGCUGAAGGACUUCUUUGGGAAAAAAUAUAAAGAGUCAUCGUUGGAUGAUUUUCUGAAGCAAGUCAUGAGAAAAUCCCUCCAGAGUAAAAAUGGCCACCUGGACCUGUUUGUUCGCUUCCUUCAUGGCCUCUGUCUGGAGUCCAACCAGAGACUCUUAGGAGGUCUGCUGGGUCAGACAGAGAUCAGUCCAAAAACCAUCCAGAGAGUCAUCAACAACCUGAAGAAGAUGAACAGUGAUGAAAUCUCUCCUGACAGAAGCAUCAACAUCUUCCACUGUCUGAUGGAGAUGAACGACCUCUCAUUAUUUCAGGAGAUCCAAAAGUUCCUGAAGUCAGAGAAUAAACUCUCUGAGAUCCAGUGCUCAGCUCUGGCCUUCAUGUUGCAGAUGUCAGAGGAGGUUCUGGAUGAGUUGGACCUGCUGAAAUACAACACAUCAGAGUGGGGACGACUGAGACUGAUUCCAGCUGUGAGGAACUGCAGAAAGGCUCAACUGACUCAGUGUGGACUCUCAGAGUCUCACUGUGAAGUUGUGGCCUCAGCUCUGAAGUCCAACCCCUCCCAUCUGACAGAGCUGGACAUGAGUAAGAACAACCUGCAGGAUUCAGCAGUGAAGCUUCUGUGUGCUGGACUGGAGAGUCCAAACUGUCGGCUGGAGACGAUGUGUCUGAAGACAAAUGUGAAGAAGUUUGAGUGCUUUCAGAAAUGUUGUGUCUUUCCAAACGACUGA